AUGUCUGACUGGAAGGUCCUAAAGGAUAAGGAUGGCAACACCAUCAAGUGGCAAUUUGUGGAGGAAUUGCAUAAAUUACAAGAGUCAGAGGGCUUACAUCUUGCCAAUAAGCUCCGAUCCACUCAUAUCAAAUGGAAGCCGCAGAAAAUGAAGGUAAAUCUAGCAGCACAGGCACUCAGUUCGAGUGUUGCAGAUGCAUUGGAGUAAUUGUGAAGGUAAGCUGAAAUUGCCACAAUUUCAAGGCUGUGGUCCAACAGUUCAAUGCAUUCGUGUUUUUUGAUCAUCUUUUGAUGUUUUGAAUUCCAGGGAUCCAUUGGCGAGAAAUUUCAAGGCGCCGAUUAG